CACUAGUCAUUGAUAUCCGGUUUCAGAACUCUGAGUUAUGAACAGGUACGGUCGAUCUCCACCAAGAAUCGAUGGGAUGGUAUCGUUGAAAGUUGAUAACUUGGCAUACAGAACAACUAUUGAUGACUUGCGAAGAGUUUUCAGCCGAUUUGGCGAAGUUGGUGAUAUCUACAUACCUAGAGAUCCCUACACUUUCGAGAGUCGAGGAUUUGCUUUCGUUCGAUACUGCACUGACCGCGAGGCUGACUGUGCCAUACGCGGUAUGGAUGGCCAUAAGGUAGAUGGAAGAGAAGUCCGAGUCCAAAGAGCAAAAUAUGGUCGACCAACUCCAAACCGUCGAAGCUAAUAUCCUGCCGAUAUGGAUUGCCUGUAUGCUAUGCUGAUACAUGGGAGAUUGCUGUUGUUCGCAGUGUCAGGCGAGACAGUUUUGAUCAGUUAGCUGUUUGCAGAUUUUUAACUCGGAGUUUAGCUGUUAAUCUGGAAACAUAGUUGUGCUGGUGUGCAGUUAAAUCUUUCCGGCAAAGCGGCUGUCUGAUGGUGAGACUAGCAGGUUUUGCUGUGGUGCUGUAGCUGUUCACACAUUGUGUUAUGGGGAUUAGUCGGUGUAGGUCUAAAGGUUGCUCUACAGAGUAACCAAGAUAGCCAAUUCUCAAAGCGUGAACAGAAUUUGCUUGCGGACAUUUGGCGUUGACAACCAAGGUUGUUCAUGCUGGUGGGUGUGUGAGCUGUGGGGGUGGUUACAUGACUGCAGCAGGAUUGCCGAAAAGUGGUGGUUCUAACCCCGUUCUUCGGGCCUAGAUUCUGGUUAUCCUGAUGCGUACGGAAUGACCUUAUAGCUUGUUCAAUAAAAAUAAUUUUGCUGUACAAUAAUUUUAUAUACUGCAACAGGUAUAUUAUACCAUAAAUAUCAUUCACAGUGAAAUGUUUAUGUAUAGAAAUAUUUAUAUCUAUUAUAAAAUACACCGAUGUAUCAGGAAGAAAUCU